CACGGGCUGUGCGGGCGGGGGGGGGGGGACAGGGGGCCGUGGGCAGCUCCCGGGCCGCGCCGCUGCUCGCCGGAGCGCCGAGGGGGCCCCGCGGCAUGGGGGAGGCAGACGACGAGGAGGUGCAGGCCGUGGAGAGGCCCGUGGAGGUGCCAGCCGAUGAGGAUGGCGAGAAGGCGGAGGAGAAGCCGGCGAAGAAGCGGCGGAGCCGGUGGGGGCAGGAGCCCGAGCCGGCGCCGAUGCCCGACGUCCUCGCGCUGGCGCCGCUGCCCUCGGGGGUCAACCCCGUCACCGGCAUGGUGGGCGUCACGCAGCUGCCUGCGCCGGGGGAGAGCUCGGCCUCGGCGCCGGGGUACGCCCCGGCAGGCGGCGCCAGCAUGGACCUCUCGGCCGCCGCGCAGGCCGCGCGCGAGGCGCUGGAGAAGGCGAAGAGGGCAGCCAUGUUCCAGCGGCAGAUCCAGGAGCAGAUGAACAAGCUGAAGAGCCAGGGCCUGGCUGCGGGUUUCCUGCCCGGGGAGGGCCCCAAGGCUCGGAAGCUGAUCCUGGACGAGUUCGGCCGCGAGCUGGACGACGACGGCAACGUGGUGCCGAUGAAGCCGCAGGUGGUCAGCACGCUGAAGGUGAACAUCAAUCGCGAGAAGGAGGCGCGCCUCCAGAAGAUCCUGGGGCUCAAGAAGGAGGGCGGGAGCGAGAAGGACUUCUUCGAUCCGACGCUGAAGGUGCAGCAGCGCUUUGAGCGGCAAAAGCGGAAGACCUUCAGGUUCAUUGAUGAAGGUGCGCUCGUCCAGAAGGAGCAGCGCCUUGUGAAGAAGAUGCAGGAGAAGGUAUUAGGCGUGGACAAGAAGGAGGACAAGAAGAAGAAGGAAGAGAAAAAAGAGGAGAAGAAGAAAGAGGAGGCUGAGCCUGAGCCUGUCAUAAAGAAGAUCGAGCCAAAGGUCAUGAGGCGCGAGCCUAUCCCAGACGUGGAGUGGUGGGAUAUGCCUUUCUUGAAGGAGGACAUGAACGGCCAGAAGAGAGCGUACACUGAGGUGAAUGUCGAGAAGAUUACGCCUUACGUGGAGCAUCCGAUUCCCAUCAAGAUCACCACCGAGAAAGAGGCGCCAGAGGCUGUGAUGAUGCACCUGACGCCCAAGGAACGCAAGAAGCUGCGGCGGCUGAAACGGCAAGAGCGCACACAGGAGAUCCGCGAUAAGAUCAAGAUGGGCAUCUUGCAGCCGCCGCCUCCAAAGGUCAAGAUGAGUAACUUGAUGCGAGUCCUCGGCGACGAGGCCAUUGCGGACCCGUCCACCAUCGAGAGGAAGGUCCGACAGCAGGUCGAGCAGCGUCGCAGGGAACACGAGCAGCGCAACGAGGCCCGGAAGCUGCCGGCCGAGGAGCGGAAGGCGAAGAAAAAACAGAAGUGGAUGGCCGAGACGGAGCCGACUACGCAGGUGCUGGUGUUCAAGAUCAAGGAUCUCGCGAACAAGAGGCACCUGUUCAAGAUAGACAUGAACGCUCAGCAGUUCCACCUCACUGGCUGCUGCGUCGCGUGCCCAGGCGUGGCCAACAUUGUAAUUGCCGAGGGCGGACCUAGGGCCAUCAAGCGUUACAAAAAGCUAAUGGUCAGGCGCAUCAAGUGGACAGAGGAUCAAAAGGAUGACGACGAUGACGAGGACGAGGAUGACGAGGAGGUCACCGCGCCCAAGCUGCAGGACCACUGUGUGUUGAUCUGGGAAGGCGUGGUGAAGCAGCGAAACUUUAAAAAUUGGAAGGUCAGCCACACGAGGUCGGAGCAGGAGGCCAGGAAGACCUUGGCUGACAGGGGCGCGGAACACUACUGGGAGAUGCUCGCGCGCCACCGCGACCCGCGCAUGGACAUCUGAGGCGUGCGGCACAAGCCUGGUUCGAGUGCGGCGUACACUGGGAGGGUGCAGAACAGCAGGAUGGGG